AUGUAUUGUAUAAGCUUCCGAUUGUACCAAUUGUCUGGCCAAUGUGUUCAUCUCAGCAAACAAACCUCCAAGGUGAUUAAGAUCGUUGCUCGUAAACGAAUUGAUAAACGAGGUGAAAGUUUAACUGUCGCCAUUCGUGACAUACUUCGGGAAGUUUAUCCAGAUAAAUAUAUUUCCAUGGGUGGAUUGUUUUUGGUUCGUCAGGGGAAAAUUUAUAUCCACGUUAUGCCCAAUGAUUUCUCGAAGACUCCAUGUGACACCGCUGAAAAAGCCGAUGAAUGGCUACACUUUUUCGAGGCUUCAGCGCCGAUCGUUGGUCUAACUACUCUUCACUCAAAAGAUCCUGGUUUCAAUCUGAGAGAUGAACACACUCAUUGUAUCGGUAAAGGUGAAGGUGGACAUUAUCAUCACGAUACAACACCGGACACCAUUGAAUAUGAGGCUUACCUUAAUGUCGCUCAGAAAAUAGUUCGAGUUGAUCAACCCUUUCAUGGAAAUGAACUGCUCAAAGUUAAAUCACAAUCAGCUCAUUAA